AUGUCUACAACAAAGUACAGCGAACGCCCAGUAACGGUUGAAAAGGCUAUUCCAGUCACAUACGAUUUGGGUAACCUAGCAGUGUUUGACACAAACGUGUUGGAUAGGAACGAUUUUGAUUCAUCCAAUGCUGCUCGUGAAAGUAACAUAAAAGAUUUGACCCGUGAUAACGUGCAGUUGUUGAUCAACCAGAUUCUUUCUCUUCCUAUCAGAGCUACCACAGAAUCUGCAGGUGGAUCCAGUGGACAAUCCUCAUCUAUGACUUUAGUACAGUUACCAGAGCCAACAACAGAGCUACCAAGAGAAAAACCACUACCUAAGCCUAAGGCACCAACUAAAUGGGAACAAUUUGCUGCCAAGAAGGGUAUCAAGCCAAAGGAAAGAUCCGGGAAGAUGAUUUACGACGAGGCAGCUGGUGAAUGGGUUCCAAAAUGGGGUUACAAAGGUUCCAACAAAGAACUUGACGACCAAUGGUUGGUCGAGGUGGACGACAAGGUCCAGGGUACCGAAGACGAGUUGAUUGACCCAAGAACUUUGAACAGAGCCGAAAGAAAGAGAUUGAUAAAGAAGAACCAGUUGCAACAGAAAAGAAACUUGAAGAACCAAGUGAAAUAA